AUGUUGAAUGAAAGUCCGCCGCCUGAUGAAGGUGAUCUCGUUUACAGACGCUGUAAAUCGGCCAAACUGUGGAUGUGCGCUUUGGCAUCUUUCGCAUCAAUUGACUGGAAUUUAGAACAUCUGAAAGAGAGUUGCAAUGCGCUUCAACUCAAAGCUCUAUUCAAUCGACUUAUUCACUUCUGUUUCCCGGAACGAAAUCUUGGUAUAAACGAUGAUGCGGGUGUGGUGGUGUUCGAUCGAUUCCAAGAGAUUGCUUCAAGGCUGAACAAGCCUGAGCGUUUGUUUGCUGCGUGGUUUUACGCAAUGUGGAUUCUGAAAAUGGACGUGGACGGUCAAUUUCCGGAAGUGGUCGCGAAACCGUCGGUUAGUAAUCCGGCAGCAACAUACGAUGCGAGACUGCAGUCUGCAGAGCAAAUCAGGAAUUGUGUGAUUGAGCAUCGCCAAAAAUCGAAAGAUGCAGUCGACUUGUUGGAGCAACUUUUGGCGCUGGAUUCAAUCAGAGAAUUUAAUGUGCCGCAGAUGGAUGCAUUUUUGGGCGAUAUUUUUAAGGAAUUUGAAGAAGAAACGCAAGAUUUGGCGAGCGUGUCGGCGAUUGAUCCGAAUGUCAUACCAAAACCGAAUUUUGAAACUCCUCUCGUCGUCCUUAAUAAAGUUGAUUGGAGAAUUCUGACAAAUCACACAUUACUUUGCUAUCAUUUCGCGUACAACAAUCUUUCAAAAGCUGAAAAUCUACUCGUUCAGAUAGUCGCGGAUUGGCCUCGUCGAAGUGAAGGGUUUGGCACGCAGAACUCGAUGGCCGAUCGUAUGACGUACAUAAAUCCGCAAGAAAUCGGCGGUUAUUGUAUCGCAUUCGAAAUGACUCCACCAGAAGGUAUACAACUAACAGCCGCGAACAGAGAGCAGGAAAUUUUCAUGGCAUCCGAAUACGAUGAUGAGUGGAUCAAAAAGCUCGGCGAAUCGGAUUGUACGAUGUUGGCGUUCGAUUCGCUGUUUGCGCCGAAGAUGUCACCAAAAUUGUCGUUGGAUUUUUUGAUCGAAACGAAACGUGAAGAAAUGGCCUAUGGUUCGUUGAUUAUGCCCGAAGAGCGUCGAGUGAUUUGUGCAAACGAGACGUCUGUGAGGAAAUUCAUUGAGAUAUUGUUGCGUAGAAUGAGCAACAUUCGAACACGAGAAAGUGAACGUAUGCAGCUUGGUGUGUUCAUUCAACUGUUCGCAUUUUUGGAUCCUCUUUUUGCAAUGGAAUUGGCGAAGAUAGAAAAGGCGACUGGUCGUGCUUUGACAUUCUUAAGUGCAGAAUCGGUACAGUUUCCACCCGUAGACCCACUGCCGGAUCAGUCUGUUUUCAAAGAUAUUCUGAGUGGUGGUCCAGCGUAUUGGAGAUUGUUGCUCAGUUACGAUGUGAAUGAAAUUAAACCGUUAUUCGCACAGCUUGGCGCAAAAUUCAAACUUCCAUAUUGGUAUCAACCGUCGAAAAUGAUCGGUGAAGUGUUGCUUCCAGCAAUUGCUGGUCAACAAUGUUAUGAGUAUAUUGCGAUGUUGUUGGGCAAAUUGGAAGCUUUAGCGAAAAUUGGCUUUGUGGACGCAACGCAAUGGACUGAAUUUGGAAAUGACUGUGUGAAGGAACUGGGUGCGAUUGGACGGAAUCAAGACGUUCAGAUGAGAUUCACGUACGAUGCGGUUCGUGUGAAGUUAGAUAAAUGGAUUCGAAAUUUCCCGAGUGCACCAUCCGAGGCGGGUGCGUUCUUGAAUGCCACCAAGAAUCUGCAGAACAUCGUGCAAGGUCUUGUACAAACCUCAGCCACAAUGCCAUCGAGUUCGCUGGAAACAGUGAUCUCGAUGUUGCUUCAAAUAGUCGCCUUCUUGAUCAAUACGGCCGAAUGGGAUUUCAUUCUGAAGUCUUCACCGAAAUUAAAAAGCCCUUUCCUGGAUAUUGCCAAAGUGCUCGCAGCGUACAUGACCGGUGAUCCAGUGAUGCGCAAAAAAGUAGCUGAUGAAGCGUGGUGGAAGAUAAUGCAUGUGACAUUCGAGGAUCCAUCUGGUAAGCGACGGAAUGACGGGUCGUCUGUGCGUGAUCGAACAAAUUUGUUAAUCUCACGUCCUCAGUUUCUACAAUUACUUCGAGUUAUUAAAGUGAGUCUCAUUUUCAUUGUGAAGAAUUGA